GUCGUGCGUGCGUAUGAGCGGGCGGCUGAGUGAGUGAACGAGCGAGCGGCGGUGCGGCGAGUUUCGUCGUGUGAUGUAGUUCAGUGUAUCAGUGCCGCGCACGAGUGUGUGGAGCGUGUGUGUACAUUCCCUCUUUCUCCUCUCUUUCUCUUUCUCUCUCCUCUUUCUCUCUCUCUCUCUCUCUCUCCAUCAUCACGAGAGCGCUAUCAUCCCGAGACGACGAGAGCGUUUCCACGACCCGCGAGUGAUUCACGGGGCCGACGGUUACUCCGACGGAUUAUUAGGCGCAGCACGACGGAACCAUGACGGUAGCGCGAGUCGACGAGCGUAUCAUCGUGCAGGAAACGCAACGGUUUUAAAACGAACGUGAGGACUUCAAAAUGGCUACAAAAACUGACGACACAGCAUCUAUCGACAAUCCUAACGAUGGAGAGAGUCUGGAUAAGGAAAUAUUAACUAUUGCUGGUAACGACGGGGGAAGCCACCGAAUUCCACCAACGUACUUGUACAAUACGGGAUCAGAACAGAGUACAAGAGUUUCAGAUCAGGAACAAGGCGCUCGAAAUCGCAAUCCAGCCACGGAGGACCAAUUGGGUCCGUUGCCGCCCAACUGGGAGAAGGCAUACACGGACACGGGAGAAGUUUAUUUCAUAGACCACAACACAGGCACGUCUCACUGGCUAGACCCGCGUUUGUCGAAAUUUCAAAAGAGAUCCUUGGAGGAAUGCCUCGACGACGAGUUGCCCUACGGCUGGGAGAAGAUCGACGACACCCUCUACGGCACAUAUUUCAUCGACCAUGUGAACCGUAGGACACAAUACGAGAAUCCGGUGUUGCAAGCGAAAAGGGCGCAGCAGAGCUUAAUCGAGAGGAAGAGCCCCAACUUCACUAGAAAUCCCGACAAGCUGAAAGGUCAGAGGAUACGCACCACCUUGAUCAAGAGUUCAAGGGGCUUGGGAUUCACCAUUGUCGGCGGCGAUGACGCCGUGGAGGAGUUUCUCCAAAUUAAAAGCGUCGUGCCAAACGGUCCAGCCUGGCUGGAUGGGAAGCUACAAACCGGCGAUGUGUUGGUGUACGUUAAUGAUACCUGCGUACUAGGAUUCACGCAUAAUGAAAUGGUAAAUGUAUUCAAGUCAAUUGGCAGCGGCGAGACGGUGACUUUGGAAGUAUGCCGAGGCUAUACGUUGCCCUUUGAUCCCAAUGACCCUAAUACAGAGGUCGUAACCACGAUUGCCGUUAACGCGCCAGAAGAUCCCGCGCUAUACAUGGACUUGGAAUCUACUCUGCAACCUAAUGGACGCUACAACUUCCUGGAUUCCACAUUUUUGCCGGUGCACAGUCUUCAGAACGGCGAGAAUCUCGCCACGACGUCUGUCAACUCGAUGCCCGAUCUCUGUAUCUCGGACAAGAUCAACACGAUCAAGAGGCCCAGCAGCACAGACAUACUUCUGUCGGAGAGCAGCGACCUGAACGACUGCAAGGACUCGCCAGUGUCUUCCAAGCCGGAGUUUCUCAGCAUCGCUAUUGUGAAGGGCGCGAUGGGAUUCGGAUUUACUAUAGCAGACUCCGCUCACGGUCAGAAAGUGAAAAAGAUCCUGGAUCGUCAGCGUUGCAAGAACUUGAUGGAGGGCGACAUUUUGGUCAAUAUAAACGACAUCAACGUGAGAAACAUGUGUCACUCGGAAGUGGUGCAAGUGUUAAAAGAUUGCCCGCGCACCGAAGAAGCAUUGAUACACGUCCAACGUACGACGACCAAGUCGAAGGAGAAGAAGGAAACAAACACGCAGGACUUCUUCAGGAGUAAAACGCCCACCGCCGAUAUUUACAGCACUCAGUCGAAGACCGUCAUACCAAGCCGGCCGAAGACGCCGUUGAUCGACACACGAAAUCGCUCCAAAUCACCGACCAGCACCAGCAGGACGAACUGGAACGAAAUGCAGAGCGAGAACGAGCUGAAUCCGCUGGACAGCCAUUACAAGUACUCCGAGUAUGCACAUGGGAUGUAUUACUCGGACCCUUACAAGGCCAACAUCACGAACUUGGCGGACAAUUUCGUGGCGAUGAUGAAUCUGGACGAGGAUUCCGUCAGGAACGUGCCAAAGCGAGAUUGGUCGACGAACGACAAACUGAACAUCAACAAUGACAUGUAUUCCAUCGACAUCUCCCACCAUGACAAUAUGCUCAAGCAGAAUGGCGGGUGCUUGCACUCCGACUAUUACAAGGAUCUCUACGCGGUACAGUCGCAUUCCCAAUAUAACGAGGACUACAACGCGUACUCCAUGGGGCAGGAACAAAACGUCGACACUGGUGAAAUUUGGGACAAGCGGAAGGAGACCACCAGUUUCGAGCACGAACAACCACAUUCCAGUUCCAUACCUCGGUAUCCGCAAUACACGAAUGAAUUGGUCUGUCCAAUGGUACCCGACAUAGAAUGGAUAGAAACUCUGGUGACUUUAGUCAGACAAGACACCGGGUUUGGAUUUAGAAUAGUAGGCGGCACAGAGGAAGGCUCUCAGCAGGUCUCAGUGGGUCACAUCGUCCCCGGUGGAGCCGCCGAUCUCGAUAACAGGUUGAACACCGGCGAUCUGAUCAUGUCUGUCGACGGCGAAAGCGUUAUGAAUUCUUCCCAUCAUCACGUGGUGCAGCUAAUGAUCGCGGCGGCUCAAAAUGGCCGAGUCACUCUGGGGAUACGACGUCGGAUCAACACGCAGGAGCACCUCCAGGAGAAUCUACAAUCCUCUUACGGCCGGCAGAUGAAUAUGCAGUAUCCAUACGACGUUACCGUCACGCGAAUGGAGAACGAAGGAUUCGGCUUCGUGAUCAUCUCGUCCGUCAACAAAGCUGGCUCUACGAUCGGCAGGAUAAUCGAGGGCUCGCCCGCCGAGAGAUGCGGCAGACUGAACGUUGGGGAUCACAUUUUAGCUGUCAAUCACAUAGACAUCACGAAUGUAUGCCAUAAGGAUAUAGUCAACUUAAUCAAGGAUUCCGGUUAUUCCGUCACACUGACGAUUGGGUAUCCGCUCGAUGAUUGCUGCAGCAACACGUCUCUUUCCCAAAAGGAUGAACCGACAGGAGAUGGAGAUGGGGGUCAGUAUCAUGCUGUAGAGCUAACUCGGGGCACCCGAGGUUUCGGCUUCAGCAUUCGCGGUGGUCGCGAAUUUCAAAAUAUGCCGUUGUUCGUCUUGCAAAUUGCCGAGAACGGCCCGGCGUCAAUCGAUAACCGUCUUAGAGUUGGAGAUCAGAUAAUUGAAAUAAAUGGUAUCAACACCAAAAAUAUGACGCAUACGGAAGCGAUUGAGAUUAUACGUAACGGUGGACCAUCUGUUCGUCUGUUAGUACGACGUGGCUGCCAAAUGCCUUCAGUGAGUAAUCUCACGAUCAGCCAAAUAAGUAUUCGACCGAACGAUGAGGGCACCCCGCGCAGGCAUUUAUCGAAAUUACCCGAGAGGGGUGUGCCCCCCAAAAAACGUCAGAAAGUUCGAUUUUCCAUUUCACUGAACUGCUGUUCAUCCAAAAACAGAUAUUUAUAGCGAGCGCUUUCGGCGAGAUGCGUUCGUUGCAUUUCUCGAAUGGAGUAUACAUACACAUAUACAUAUACGUAUAUAUACAUAUAAUGAGACAUAAGUUGAUAUAUUUCGUAAGAUUGAAACUGAUUUCUCACACACACACACACACACACACACACAUACACAUACAUACACACACGAGGAGAAAGUAAUCCUCGACGCAUUUAUACGCGACAGCGAUAUUUUAAGCGUUAGACUGUUGUAGUUUUGCGAGAGAAACAAAUCCUUAAUUUAUGUAAACGCGAACGAUUGUAAAUCAUACAUGACUCGUACUAGCGUAAAGCGACACGUUGAAAAUAUGUAAAAAAAAAAAAAGAGGAAGAGAAAACGAGCGUCAGCGACGUGAAGUAACGAAUAAUUACGUUACGCUGCUGAUGCGAAUAGCAUUAGUGCGCAUAAAGAAUCUCGUAGCUCGGUGCGUUUUAUCACGUACAGACGACAGGCGCAGCUGUAUGCCUCAUACGCUGUGAAGUGAUAUUGUAGACUGGCAAUUUGUGUAAUUAUAUCGAAUUUAUAUUUCGUCUGCACUUCUCAAUUAACGUUUAUCAAAAGGCGUAGGCUCUUCGGAAUUCUAGGCUUCUAUCGUGGAACACCACUGUCUCCGUGAACACAUUUUUCCUCUUAAAUAGCGACAUGAUUGUGGCCUUGACGAUGAAAUAGUUACGCUUUUCGAUAUCGCGUAAAAAGAUCUGAGAGAACUAGCAAUUGUAAAAAAUACUAAUCAACCAUAACGACUCUACACGUUACUCUGGACUUACUGUGAACACUCGGAGAUUCUAUCGAUGUCUGAUUCUUCCUUUUUUGUUUUUUUUUUGUUUCUUCUCUCUCUGAAUAUUUAUUCCCAUUUAUACGAGAUGUAUAUGUAUGUCAUUAAUUAAAGUAACUAAGGACUCACGCAACCAAAGAAGCAGAUGCACUUAUCAGCCGCUUUGUUUUUUGAGUGGUGAAAGAUAAUUACGAAAGAGAGUUUAUUAUUGUAAUAAUUACUUAACCGACCUCUCUCUCUCACACACACACACACACAUACACACACACACACACACACACAUAACGUACACACUAUGGGGGCGACUAUUGUUCGUUUGCCCGCGAUUACAAGGUGAUGUUUCUACUGAUGAGAGGUGGACGACGAGCGAGCGGAAGUUCAGACGGAGGACGAAGAAUUAGACAGAAAUUUUUCUUAUUCACUCUUCCUGUGUCUCUUUUCGAUAUUUAUGAACGUUACACGUUUGAAAGAAUAGCGUAAAUAAAUAUAUAUAUAUAUAUUUUUUUACUUGUAAAAUAGUAAGAUAAUGUGGGAGUGUUGUUCGGCACGUUGUGUGUGUACUAAUAUGUAAGGGAAACAAGCGACGAAAAGGGGAAGGGUAAAAGCAGAUUGUAUUUUUUAGAUCUCAGAAUUGAAGUAAGAGAGAGAAAAAGCGCCGGUGUUAUAUUAUACACAGGUGUAUGUGAAGGCGCGCGAGCGAAUAGUCGUAUGUUGUUCAAAACGAGCGAUUCGCAUGAGUGAUAAGCAGCAGCAAACGCAUUUAAAACUGGAAUCACACAAUACCCAUUUUAUAAUCAUCGCGUUUAUUUUUUAUAAUUAUAUAUAUAUAUAUAUAUAUAUAUAUAUAUAUAUAUAUAUAUACAGAAUUUGUAAAUUAUGUAGGAUAUCGUAAGUUUUGGUAUGAAUGUAUAUAUACUUGUUUUUUGAGAGGAUAAUGUUGAUAAUUUGUAAGGCUAAUGUAAGAAGCAAUAAUGUAAUGUCAAUCGCGAUUUUAUCGACUCGAGUUCACUCGCCGAGUAAUCCGAGUUUUCUUUACUACUCGUUUUGCUCGCUCUCUUGCCAAAGCCCCCCAGCCACACGGUAUACGUAUUGUCAUUCUUCUCUUCUUUUUUCAACGCUACUACAACACAUAACUCGGGCAGCUUCUCGAAGCGAUGGCGUGAUUUAGCGUGGUUAGCGCUUGGGAGGGAGGAAAAAAAAGAAGGAACGCGUGCUGGAAAACGCGUUUUCGCGUUAUUCCACGAAUAUCGUGUGUCGCGUCUCGAGUAGUAAAGAAACAGCGCGGCCGAUUACGCACGUUGGAUUUCACGCACCUACGCGUACGGCAAGUUAAUUAACCGUUCGACUGAUGAUGAUUUCGCUGAUUCGAUCUGAUCCAACGCCUGACUCUUCGUACUCUUGGAGCUUCGUAUAUUUAUUGUGAACACACCCCGAACGUGUAAACCGAAUUCUAUGUAUGUGUCCGUUACACCUUAUGAGUAAUUGUCGUUGAAUGAUCCGAGAUAAAGCCAGAGAAAGAAACUGAUAUUGUUGCUAAGAAUAUAAUAUACUACCAUUAUUAUAUUGUUGUUGAGAAAUAUACUGAGAUAAUAAAUGCUACAUUAAAAGACCA